GAGGAUGAUCACGUGACUCUCACACUAGUAAACAAAUCUUUCAGGGAAAUUUAUAAUGAUAAUUUCAGAAAGUUGUGUGGUCUGAAGUUUACUUAAUUUUUCAUACUUCACCCACAAUUUGUGCCUGCCUUCUAUAUAUAUCAAACUGGCCAGGCAGCAAGCCAUCUAAAACUUUCGCAGCUGAGUUCAAACCUUUUUAACUCUUCUUUUGUUUCCUUCUAUUUUGCCUUUCUAAACCCUCUAGAGUUCUUUUUUUUUCUUUCUUUCUGAGUCAUAAACAAAACACAUGACAUCCAUGGAACAUGAUGGCUCAUCCUUGACAGUCCCUCUAAUUGCUGAUGAAGAGAAGCAACAUGGGGUUGGGUGCAAGCUUGAGGAAAUAGAAUCAAACCAUGAUAGUCUAAGAACUGGCACCACCUCUUUCUUCAAGACUUGUUUCCAUGGACUCAACGCCUUGUCAGGAGUUGGGAUACUUUCAACCCCAUAUGCACUAGCCUCAGGAGGGUGGUGGAGCUUGGCCCUUCUGUUCCUUAUUGCCACUGCAGCUUUUUACUCAGGCUUGUUGAUUCAAAGAUGCAUGGAGGCUGAUCCAAACAUCAGAACUUAUCUUGACAUAGGUGAACGAGCGUUUGGGAAGAAAGGGAGACUAGUGGCAUCGAUUUUCAUGAACUUAGAGCUCUACUUGGUGGCAACAGGUUUCCUGAUCCUGGAAGGAGAUAACUUAAUAAACUUGUUCCCAAAUAUGAAGCUUGAAGUUGGAGCGUUGAUUAUUGGUGGAAAACAAAGCUUUGUGAUUCUUGUUGCCCUUAUAAUUCUGCCUACAGUUUGGCUGGACAAUCUUAGCAUGCUUUCUUAUGUUUCUGCUAGUGGGGUUUUGGCUUCUGCUGUAACUCUUGGCUCAGUCCUCUGGACUGGUGCUUUCAGUGGAGUUGGAUUCAAUCAUAAAGGAACUUCUCUUAAUUGGAGUGGAAUCCCUACUGCCGUUAGCUUGUAUGCCUUCUGCUAUUGUGCUCAUCCAGUCUUUCCAACUCUUUACACUUCAAUGAAAAACAAGAGCCAGUUCUCAAAUGUUCUGCUUGUGUGCUUUUUCUUGUGUACAUUCAUCUACGCAUCAAUGGCGAUUUUCGGGUACUUAAUGUUCGGUUCUGGGGUUCAAUCACAAGUAACAUUAAACCUUCCAACCAACAGACUCAGUUCAAGAGUGGCAAUUUACAAUACCCUUGUCAAUCCCACUACCAAAUAUGCGUUGAUGUUUACACCCACUGUGAAUGCUACCAAGAGCUGCUUUCCAAGCCACUACAGCAAGAAGCCUUACAGCCUUUUUAUCAGCACCACUUUGGUUGUGAGCACUGUUAUUGUAGCCCUGGCUGUGCCUUCGUUUGGAAAUCUGAUGUCCCUGGUUGGAGCAUUUUUGAGUGUCUCAGCUUCAAUUAUUCUGCCAUGCUUAUGUUACCUGAAGAUCUCAGGAGUUUAUCAGAGAUUUGGAUGUGAAAUGGUGGCCAUAGUGAGUAUUGUAGUGAUGGGUGUUGCGGUUGCCAUUACAGGGACUUAUACAUCUGUUGUACAAAUAAGUGGCAAUUUAUGAAUGUCACUCAAACUUCUAUAUGUUAAUGGAAUUUUCUCAGUUCUGUAA